GGAGAGGGCAGUCAGCCUGCGGCCGAGACUUCUCUUCUGCCGUCGCGCACGGCUCGGAGCUCCCUGGAGGUGGGCGAAAGAGUGCGAGAGCGCGGGGGAGGAGCCGAGCGGGGCGCGUCCCGAGAGCGCCGCCACCGCCCCCCGGAGUCCGCUGGAGCGCGGAGCCCCCUGCAGGGGAGGCGGUGAGCGGCUGGCGGGACGCGGCGGCGGGCGCGGACCAUGCAGUCCCCGCCCGGCCAGCGCUGGCUGCUCGCUGUGCUGUGAGGUGGCAGGGUCUCCUCCGGCUGCCGCACCCCUCCGCCUUCCAGCCCAAGUGCUUCCCGGCGCCCUUGCCCUUCGUCCCGGCCCCGGGACGCCGGUGGAAGGCACGGCCUGUCCCUGCCUUGCUCUGCCCGAAUCAUGCAGGGGGCCCCGAAGGAAGAGAAGGCGACUGACCGGCCCGCGCCACUCGUGGUUGAGGGGCGCCCUGCUCUCUGAAACGCCCUCCACCUGCUGCCAUGUGUCGCCGCCACAGGUACCUAGCUUGUCGUUAAACUUUCCCAGCUCUGGCUGGAUUCGGAGUCGCGGGACGGAGGAGCCCGGCUGGUUGCAGACAUCUGCCGCCCAGUAAGAUCCCCAGAGAGUUCUGUCCUUGGAGUCGGAGCCCUAAUCGUCCCUCCAGCCCUAUCUGGCGUGGAGCUGAGCGCUGCCGGCGGAGGCAGCGCCUUCCCGAAACAGUUUAUCUUUGGACGGAUUUCUUUAAGAGAAAAAGAAACCAACAGGUUGCCAGCCCGGGCGUCACACUCAAGACUCCGUAGAGGGAAGCCCGGACCGCAGAUUCGUCGGUCAGCGCAGACCCUCUCGGGCAGCGAGAGGCAAAGGGAAGAAGGGGACGAUGGCUCGGCCCGACCCGUCCUCGCCGCCCUCGCUUCUGCUGCUGUUGCUAGCGCAGCUGGUGGGCCGGGCAGCGGCCGCCUCCAAGGCCCCGGUGUGCCAGGAAAUCACGGUGCCCAUGUGCCGCGGCAUCGGCUACAACCUGACGCACAUGCCCAACCAGUUCAACCAUGACACGCAGGACGAGGCAGGCCUGGAGGUGCACCAAUUCUGGCCGCUGGUGGAGAUCCACUGCUCACCGGACUUGCGCUUCUUCCUGUGCUCCAUGUACACGCCCAUCUGCUUGCCUGACUACCACAAGCCGCUACCACCGUGCCGCUCCGUGUGCGAGCGCGCCAAGGCCGGCUGCUCGCCGCUCAUGCGCCAGUACGGCUUCGCCUGGCCCGAGCGCAUGAGCUGCGACCGCCUCCCUGUGCUGGGGGGCGACGCCGAGGUGCUGUGCAUGGAUUAUAACCGAAGCGAAGCCACCACCCCGUCCCCUAAGUCCUUCCCGGCCAAACCUACAUUCCCAGGACCACCAGGGGCGCCAUCUUCCAGGGGCGAGUGCCCCUCGGGAGGCCCAUCUGUGUGCACGUGCCGCGAGCCCUUCGUGCCCAUCCUGAAGGAGUCACACCCACUCUACAACAAGGUGCGCACCGGCCAAGUGCCCAACUGCGCGGUGCCCUGCUACCAGCCGUCCUUCAGCCCGGAUGAGCGCACGUUCGCCACCUUCUGGAUUGGCCUGUGGUCUGUGCUGUGCUUCAUCUCCACGUCCACCACCGUUGCCACCUUCCUCAUUGACAUGGAACGAUUCCGCUACCCUGAGCGCCCCAUCAUCUUCCUGUCUGCGUGCUACCUGUGCGUGUCACUGGGAUUCUUGGUGCGCCUGGUCGUGGGCCACGCCAGCGUCGCCUGCAGCCGUGAGCACAGCCACAUUCACUAUGAGACUACUGGUCCUGCGCUGUGCACGGUUGUCUUCCUCUUAGUCUACUUCUUUGGCAUGGCCAGCUCCAUCUGGUGGGUCAUCCUGUCUCUCACCUGGUUCUUGGCGGCUGGCAUGAAGUGGGGCAAUGAAGCCAUCGCAGGCUAUGCACAGUACUUCCACCUUGCUGCCUGGCUCAUCCCCAGUGUCAAGUCCAUCACGGCGCUGGCACUGAGCUCUGUGGACGGGGACCCAGUGGCUGGCAUCUGCUAUGUGGGCAACCAAAACCUUAACUCGCUACGAGGCUUUGUCUUGGGCCCACUGGUGCUGUACCUGUUGGUGGGCACGCUCUUCCUUCUGGCAGGCUUCGUGUCACUUUUCCGCAUCCGGAGUGUCAUCAAGCAGGGUGGCACUAAGACGGACAAGCUGGAGAAGCUCAUGAUUCGCAUCGGCAUCUUCACCCUGCUCUACACGGUGCCAGCCAGCAUCGUGGUGGCCUGCUAUCUGUAUGAGCAGCACUACCGGGAGAGCUGGGAGGCUGCCCUCACCUGCGCGUGUCCGGGACCGGACGCCGGCCAGCCACGCGCCAAACCCGAGUACUGGGUGCUCAUGCUCAAGUACUUCAUGUGCCUGGUGGUGGGCAUCACGUCGGGAGUCUGGAUCUGGUCCGGCAAGACCCUGGAGUCUUGGCGGCGCUUCACCAGCCGCUGCUGCUGCAGCUCUCGGCGGGGCCACAAGAGCGGUGGCGCUAUGGCCGCAGGAGACUAUGCAGAGGCCAGCGCCGCACUCACCGGCAGGACCGGGCCUCCUGGCCCCGCCGCCGCAUACCACAAGCAAGUGUCCCUGUCGCACGUAUAGGAAGGCCUAGAGGCUGAGGCCCAGGGACAGUGCUGGAAGUUGGAGGGAGUUGUUUCGCUUGGUAGCUUUGUGAAGGCCACUUCCGUUUACCUUCUUGGUGCUGAUGCCCCCUCCCUGAGCAGUUCGGAGAGGAAAAAGGGGGGCAGUUUCAAGAAAUUACCUGUCCCCAGUCUUCUACCAGGAGACUCGGCUCGCAGUGCAGUGGGUUAAGUGUAUUCUAGUUUGCAUUUCUUACUGCUUUCUUUAGAAGUACCUUGUUUUUAAUUUAUAUGUAUUUUAAGUUUUAAAUUUGUUGCAUUUUGGCAACAAAAUUUACCUUUGCUUUGGGGGCUUCAUAAUCCUCAAACUGGCAUUGUAAUGAGGUUACUGUUGGUUCAGGUUUUUUUGGACUGUGGUCUAAAUUAGGAAAAUAUAUUUCCUAUACGUGUCUUUUUUUGUUUUUGUUAAUUUUUUUCUUUUUUUAUAAAUGUGAACAGUGAAAGGCUGCUGUGACUGGGAAGAUGUGGAGUGUUUUCUUUUAGGUAGUUUCUUCCUACAGUGCUUAAAAUGUCCAGGACACUUAGAGGCUAGAGGCCAUCUGCUACUUCUGUGUCCAGCCCCCUCAAGUCCUCUGCGAGAGUAGACUAUGAUGUGGUUAGGACCAUCCCCCAAAUGACAAGGUUAGCGAGUUGGGAAGUUUGUGAGCCUCCUUAACCUGGCUCUUUUCGGCCGAGCUGCCGCGGUCAUUCUCAUCCCUAAUAGAGCUGGCGGUCCUUCGUGUUUUGAAUAAGUUAGAGGUGGCAUUCUAGAGCGGACACAUAAACAUUUGCCAUACAGCCUGAGGGGUGGGGAUUGGUUGAAUGUGAAUUCUGAGCUGGUGAGCUUUCUGCCAGAGAGGGAGUGGGUGGUUCUUAAUAAGCUCCAGUGAUUCCUCUUUUUUUUUUUUUUUUUUUUUUUUUGAGAAUAAAAAAUCUUGUGCUACAAAUUUCAGUAAAAGUAAAUCCACUCCCUUUUUCUGGAAGUAGUUAGGAAUCCUUGCUAAAGGGGGCUCUCUUUUAGAUUAAAGGAGAAAAAACGGAUAUGCUUCCAGUAAUUAAAGUAAAUUCCCAUUGCUUCGCAUCGGCUGCUCCCAGCCUACCUCCUUUAUCAUGUUAAACAGUCCUUCUUGCUUUUCUUAUUCCUCCUGGUGGAGAGCGGUGAUUAGGAACCACACCCACCCACCAAUGAAGUGCCGAGACUGGGGGAGGGAGGCUAGUUACCUGGGAACAAACAUUGGGAGGGGGGGGGGAGGGGGGGGAAACAAGUGUCCCUGAACUCAGUGCAAGUUUAAAGCCAGAUAUUCCCCCAAAGUAGCUACAGCAUGUAGCCUAGUAGCCUGAAAACAAACAAGACUCCUAACUUAAGCUUUGUAAUAUGGGGGCAGUGUAAAGCUACUGCAGGAGGGACCUGGUUUCUUUUCCUCCUCUUUUGAGAGAGCCUGUAUAGUGAUCGACACUUCCCUCACAGUCUCUCUGCCAUUAGAAGAGUCUGUUUGCUUUCCUAAUCUGUUUAACUAUUCAUUCACUAAGAGUGUGGGGCCUUUACUGGGAAAGAAAUGGCAGAGCGUCAGCCAGCAAAUACCAGUGACCAACGCAGAGUGGGAACUGAAUUUAGGGAGCUGAAAUGGCCAAGCAACUGGAACUUCACAAAGCUUUCCUAGAAAACCAGCUGGAGCCUAGGCAUCCUGAUUGUCAUUUGCAGCAGCUGGGGGUGGGAGGCUAGAGGGAGUUAAGCCUGAGACUGUUUUAUGUCCCCAGGUACUGAGUGGAGAAAUUUGUAGUUCCCAUUGGGAAUUUAAGCACUCAGGGGGUGUUCACAUCUGUAAAAUACCCUGCCCUUGCUCACUUGAAUCAGAAUUUCAGUGGCUUCCACAAGACCUUGUACACCUAGAAGCAGAGCUCUGUGAACGUCUUCCUCCUGAAGCCUCUUCCGAGAACCUCAAUACACUCCCUGGCUCAGCACCACUUCUGUUUUUCAAAUGAGGUCCUUUCUUAUCACCUUGACCUCUUGCCUUGUUUAGCAUAGUCUUCCCAGAAUCUUGCGGCAGGCCCCCCCCUUCCCACCCCCCACCCCCAGUCAGCUGUGCAUAGUUUGGAUUGUUCCCUCCUCACAAAGAAAAUUGAAAAUUGUGGCAGAAUCUGGAAAAGACAGUGCAGUGUAUCUAAAAGUUGUGGGAUGAAGCGGAUGAGAGUGAUUUAAUUCAGUUUUUAGAAUAAUUUUUUUUCCAUCCAAGCAACAUGCCAAAGCUCUAAAGAGAUAAUGAUUAAUACCCUCUGAAAAUAGGGCAGUUUAAAGGAUGCAAUGCCAGAGUGGGGGGCUGUGUAGGGAAUGCCUUUAGAAGGAGCUUCAGAAGCCUCUGGUUUUCUGUUCUCUAUGUUCCCCCUUUCCUCUCCUAUACUCUUAGACAAAGAAAGCACACCUGCUUCACUGAAGCCAACAGGAGUUUCUGGCCAGCCCUAGGGGAGGGAAGAGGGAAGAGGGAAGCUGCCUUCGGACGGCUACUCCCUCUUUCCACCACACCUUUUCCUCCACUUUGCAUAUCUGAACCAAUAACAAAUGAAAUGAAAAGCCGUGAGGUAGAUCAGCUACUUCUGCACUGCCAGCUUUGUGUAGCUGAGAGGACUUGGGGGUGGUUUCAGGGCCAAGGCACAUGCCUUGGGCCACCCCACUCACCUCUUUAAGCACUGAGAUGCCUCGCAGAUUAGAGGGUGGGGGUUUAGAUAGUCUAAAGAAACAGGACCUCAACGACUCCGAUGGCCAGAUAUUAGGAAGGUUUGGCUUUUUUAAAUUUAACUUUAUAUUAUCCCCCCACACACACAUUUUGAAGUUGUCUGAGUUGGAUGAAAAUCAUUUUUCUUGGUGCCUUAUUGGUUUAUUCUUGCAAUCCUUUUGUCAUUGUUUCCUGUGAUCAUUACCAGUGACCAGGGCCUGUGUGUGUGUGUGUGUGUGCAUGUGUGUGCUUGUCUUGCGUGCACUUGUGCGCAUGUACAAGCUUAAAUAAUGUGCCGAUGGCACUGGUUCUAAGUUGGUAUUCAUUAGGCUGUUCCCUCCUGGGCUAGGGCAGCACUAAUCUUGACACCGGCUGCCAGGAGAAAACAUCAUGGAUCAUACACUGAACCUUAAUAACAGCAUCCGUGACCUGCACUGGCGAGUGUAGAAUGGGAACCCCAGAGCUAGGAAGCACAGUUGUAUAUUUUAAUGAACUGCUACCCCUGCUAAGGAAGCUUCUUUCACUUUUGUGCUCUACAGAAAGACCAAGGGGGGUAGGAGGGACAAAGCUUUGAAUAAGUGCUUUCUAACACUGGCAAACAGGACUGAGCACAUCACAAAUCUAGGCAGGUGUGAGGUACAGUGGCUAAGAAUUGCCUGCUGCCUCUCUGUGCCCUUUCUUGUCUCCAAAGUCCAAUCAAAUGAUCCUAGGAAAGAAAUAGCUUGGCUUGGGGAGGACAGCUCAGAAAGAAAACCUAACAAGACAUUAAAGAAGGGUGAAGGGUAGGGAGGAUGUAAGUGACCUGUUUCAGACUCUCAGAGCCUUCUGGUAGCAUGGUGACAACUGCAGGAUUUAUUUCAUCCAGGAAAAUGUCUGUCUGUGGUACAUCAUUUUAAGAGAAUAUUAAUUCAUGUUGUUACAAACUAUGUAUAGUAUGUAUGUUUUGUGGGUGUGUAUAUACAUAAUAUAUAUUAUAUAUAUAUAUAUAUAUGAGAGAGAGAUUUAGUGACUUUUGAUACGGGUUGGUGCAGAUGAAUUUAUUACUGAGCCAAAUGAGGCACAUACCAAGUCAGUAGCUGGAGUCCAGGGCAUUCAGUGCUGUGCAUGAUUUGUGAACAUACAUAGUGCCUACCCCAUGCAGUAAGUAUCAUUGCUGUCAUGCCAAAUCCAGCACUCACAACUCAGAACCAGCAAUAGUUUAUUUGUAGACAAUCAGCUUGAAUCUAUAGAUUAUGACUGGCAAAUGAUUAUAAUUCUAAACCCAUAACACUUGCAAAAGGAAACCCAGAGUAUCUUGAAGAGACGUUUGGUUUGGUUUUGUGCCUGGGAGUCAGUACAACAGCAAUUGUAUGUGGUUAUGUUAGUCUCAAGAUCCUUAACUUGUUGACCUUAUUACUUUGGAAAUUUUUUGUAUUAUAUUUGUGGGAAGGUAAAAUAAUGGUUUUAAGAUUUUUAUCAAAUAUGGAGAUUAGUUAUUUAUGAAAAAACAAAGAAAUGUCUAUUUUUAUUUCUUUGUUCCCAGUUAAUGUAGAUAACUUUUUAAAAUGCAUUAAAGCAAUGGUGAAGAAAA